AUAAUUGUACAAUUAAAUUUGUGUCUGUUGAUGAUUUCUACAUAUAAAUAUGUAAUAUGUAAUGUAUUAUUACUAGUGCUAUUAACACGUAAAUGCCAUUAUCUCUUUUACCAGAUUCUGCUGUCUUCGAUUCUGAGUGAGGGUGUUGUCACGUUUACAACUCGUUGAUUGUAUUAUAUUCACAAAUAUGUUACCUAUAUACAUAUUAUCCAAAUAUAAUAUAAGACUUACAAAUGGAUUGUUGUAUCAAUCAUUAAACUUUACUAUGAGAUUGUCAUCAGACUCAUCAUUAUCUUCUUCAUCAUCAGACUCAUCUGAUUCUGAUUCAGACAAUGAAAAAGCGAAAUCAAAAAGAAAGUAUGACAAAAGUACAAGUUCUGCAACAUCAGACAAUAAAAACAGUCUUCAAAAUUAUUUGAACAUGAUUGAAAAAACUGCAUCUGCAAAAAUUGUUAAGAAUACUAUGAAUACUUACUCGAAGGAAAUGGUAAAAGAACAGAAAAGUACACAAGUUACCUCCGAUUUAACUACAUAUUUGAAUAAAAUGAUUACGGCAAGAAAAACACAGAAAACCAUUGAUGUUGCUUUGCAGCCUAAAAGCAAAAAUGAUAAAUCCAGUACAGGAACACAUCUGUCUUAUGAAAAGAAAUUAAUAAAUGCAGCAGAAGAUGUAGCCAACACAAUUGGUGGAGAUAAAACAAAAACUACAUCGGACUUGCUUCAAAAAGUUCUUGCAUCUAGAAUAGAAGCUUUGAAAGAAAAUCAGUUAAAAAAUACCAAAUUGCGGAAAGACAAAAAAUGGAAAGAGCCAUCAAAAAGUAAAGGACAAGAUUCAGAAAAGAAGUCUAUAAUACGAACUUUACUUGAUGAUUAUAAACAAUCAUCAGUUAAAGAUAAACGAGUUAGUAAAGAUAAACCAGUUAGAAAUCAACAGUCAGUUGAAGAUAAACAACCACCAAUUGAAAAUAGUAUAUCAAGACAGUUAUUAAACAGCAUUAAACAAUCUUCGGAAAAUAAUAUACAAAAACCUCAUGCCAGUAGAAACAUCAGAAUAUGGAAUGGAAAGCCUACUCAAAUUUUUGAACAAAUGGUUAUUCCUACAACAAAUAUACCGGAAUUGAAAACAUGGAAGGCAUUGGAGCAAAGAGAGCUAAAAGCAUUGACGAUUUAUCCACCAGCCAAUGUUUUUCAAGAAAUGAUUCUUUGGACGGAGCAAGGAAAAUUGUGGAAAUUUCCUAUUGACAAUGAGCAAGGAAUGGAAGAAGAGCACAAUGUUCAUUUCGCAGACCAUGUCUUUAUGGAACGUCAUUUAAAGGGAUGGUGUCCUAAGUCAGGGCCAAUCAGUCAUUUUAUGGAAUUAGUGUGCACUGGACUUUCCAAAAAUCCGUACUUGACAGUUCAAGAGAAAGUUGAUCAUAUUAUGUGGUAUAAAGAUUAUUUUGCGUCGAAACAAGAUCUAUUGAAAGAGCUGGGAGCAAUUGGAGAUUCUUUCUCUGAUAAAGUAAAAGAAAUUACAGAAUAAAUAUAUAGACAUUUACUGAAUAAUUUAA